AUGCUUCGGGGAUGUGCGUUUGCCUAUCUGCUUCUGUACCUGGGGGGUGUUUCCGCGAGAGCCACCCACAAACCCACCGCUCGAGUGCUCAAUGGCACAUACUAUGGGGUCCAUAAUGACCACUAUGGCCAGGAUCUCUUCUUGGGAAUGCCUUACGCGCAGCAACCCGUUGGAGACCUCCGCCUACGAACGCCACGAUCCCUCAAUGUGUCAUGGACGGCACCCAGAAACGCAACCGAGUAUUCCCCUGCGUGUCUGGGCCCUGGCCAGACGUUGGGGGCCUCUGAAUCUUGCCUGACGCUCAACGUCGUCCGCCCGAGUGGCGUGUCCGCUCACGACGAUUUGCCGGUGGCUGUCUGGAUCUAUGGCGGAGGGUUUACGGAAGGGCGCUCUUCUAACCCGGCAUAUAACCUGUCUUAUAUUGUGAGCGAGUCCGUCGACUCUGGAACUCCAAUCGUUGCGGUCAGUCUGAACUACCGUCUUCAUUGCUGGGGGUACAUGUGGAGCAAGGAAAUCAAGGAAGAAGGCGUUGCGAAUCUGGGGUUCCGAGACCAGCGACUGGCGCUCCAUUGGAUCCAAGAAAACAUUGCUGCUUUUGGUGGCGAUCCUCGGAAAGUGACCAUCUGGGGUGAGAGCGCUGGCGGAAACAGCGUCGGUACGCAGCUGAUCGCCUAUGGAGGACGGGACGAUGGCCUGUUCCGUGGGGCGAUCAGCGAGAGUGGUGCGCCCAGUACUUACUUCCGCUACCAGACCGUCGACGACUGGCAACCGUACUAUGAUGCGGUCGUAGACGCGGCCAACUGCAGCUCCGCCCCGAACACCUUGGACUGUCUCCGCAGAGUUCCAACUGACAUCCUCCUCAGCAUUUUUAACAACUCGACUAUCAUACCACCCCAUACGCUCUCCGGCCAAGACGGGCCCAAGUUCGUGCAGGUGAUCGACGGCGACUUCGUCCAGGAGAGCGCGACCUCGCAGAUGGAAGCAGGCAAGUUUGUCAAGGUCCCCUACCUCAUUGGGGCCAAUUCGGACGAAGGGACCAGCUUUGCCGUACGUGGUAUCGAUGCCAAUGAGCAAUUCCGAGAGGUAGUUAGGGGCUGGGGUCUGGACAAUGCUACCGUGGACAUUCUUGCUGCCCUCUAUCCUGACAUCCCGGAGAUCGGUAUUCCAGCCGUCAUGCCUGGCAGACCUCCCGCUGGGUAUGGUGAACAAUACAAGCGUGGCGCCGCCUUCCAGGGGGAUGUGAAUGUACACGCUCCGCGCCGACUGGCGGCCCAGGUAUGGGCUAGCCACGGCCUUCCCGUGUACAGCUAUCUUUUUGAUGUCGCCAACCCUUCGAGUGGCCCGUAUGCAGGCGCAGACCACGGGGCGGAACUCCCCUACGUCUUCCACAACCCACAAGAGUUGGACAGCCGAACAAAUCCGCAUUACGAGCUUGCGACACUGAUGUCGAAGUCAUGGGUCAGUUUUAUUGCGACGUUGGAUCCGAACCAUACACCAAGUACACGGCCAAUUUGGCCGCAAUACAGCUGGGAGAAUCAGGAGAAUCUCGUUUUCAGCCUCAAUGUGAGCGGCCUGGAAUACGUUGAAGGCGACUUUUAUCGGGCCGAGGGUAUCAAGUAUAUCAGUGACAAUUUGGCCGCUCUGUUCGGGCGCUGA